AUGGCAGACUCGUCUCCUCAUGCCAGCACCGAGAAGGACAACUCAAACCAUGUCGAGUACCUUGGAGACCCUGAGAAAUCUACUUCGGCUACCCCAGAGUAUGACAGGUUUGGCUCUUUCGCUAAGGUCGACCCCAAGGAGAUUGCCCUGGUGAGGAAGAUUGAUCUGUACAUGAUGCCGAUCCUUUGGCUGAUGUACUUCCUGAACUUUCUUGACCGCAACGCAAUGGUGAACGGCAAACUCAAUAGCCUCUCUAAAGACUUACACUUGAAGGGAACGGAGUAUAAUACCUGUAUUAGCAUUCUCUUUGUUGGAUAUCUUCUUGGCCAAGUCCCUUCCAACAUGCUCCUCAAUCGAGUCAGACCUUCGUGGUUUAUGGCCGGGUUCAUGAUGGCGUGGGCAAUUGUUUCUACUCUCACAUGCCUGGCCAAAGACUAUCACAGUAUGCUCGUCUGUAGAAUACUGCUCGGAUUCGUUGAAGCACCAUUCUACCCUGGAGCGCUGUUUAUGAUAUCUUUGUUCUACACUCGCAAGGAGGCGACCACCCGCAUGGCCAUUCUCUAUACUGGCAACAUGCUCGCCAGCGCCUUUUCCGGUCUAAUUGCCGCGGGUAUCUUCGCAGGCCUUGAUCAGAAGCACGGCCUUGCAGGGUGGCAAUGGCUGUUUCUCAUCCAAGGGGUGGUAACUGUUGCCGUCGCUAUUGUCGCCUUCUUCCUGCUCCCCAACGCACCCCGCUCAACACCAUGGCUCACCCCUGAGGAGCGACAACUUGCCGAUGAACGGAUUAAGCGCGACACUACGCAGAGGGAAGAAGGCACUAGCACGUGGGUUGGCCUCCGCGAAGCCUGUAUGGAUUACCGCACAUGGAUCUUUGCCUUGAUGUGCAAUCUACAUCUGUCGGCAAACGGAUUCAAGAACUUCAUGCCGACCGUGGUGCAGACUCUUGGCUUCAACUCCACGAUAACACUAGUUCUCACAUGUCCACCAUAUCUCGUGGCUACGUUCACGUCCGUCGCAGUGUCGUGGUCAUCGGGACACUUCAACGAGCGUACUUGGCAUGUUACCGUUUCGAAGGCCCUCGCGAUUGUUGGUUUCGCGGUCGCCUGUGGGACCCUGAAUAUCGGUGCGCGGUAUUUCGCCAUGAUCCUAUUUGUUGGUGCCACCUAUGGGGUGAACAAUAUCAACAUCGCGUGGACAGCUGCGACGCUGGGUCAAACUGACGAGAAGAAGGCCGUGGCAAUUGCCAUCACCAACACAUUGGGCAACCUCGCCAGUGUCUACACACCCUACCUCUGGCCUGAUAGCGACGCUCCACGAUUUUCACUCGCGAUGUAUUGUAGUAUCGGAUUUUCGGUCGGAGUGGUCAUUCUAGCUUGGAUCAUGCGAAUCAUCUUGACCCGAGAGAACAGAAAGCUCCGGGAAUUGGACUCGGGAGUGAUCAACCUCUAUGCUUACUGA